AGACAAAGCCCCUAGAAUUCUUGAAACCUGGCACUACAUGCUGUCUCUCAUCUGCAUUGGCCCAAAUAUAUACCCAUACCAUACUUGACCUGCUGCAACACUCCAAAACCUGUUUCUGAUCGCUGUUUCUUCAAACGUUUUCAUCAUAAUUGAACUGAAAGAUGAACAAAGCAGAUGCUGGGUCAUCGAGGUUUCUUCAAUUCCCUGUUCAAGUUAACAAGUCGUGUGCUUACCAGCUGAGAAGAUAGCUAAAGGGCAGGAAUUCCAAGUUCGCGAGAACUGAGGUGUGAGUGUGAGAAUGGAUUUGAAUGAGUUUCGUUCUUUUAUAUUGGAUUCUGGGCUUGAUGUCUGGACUUGGAUCGAUAUGGCCAUCUCUGUGGCUUCUGCUGAUCAUGAGAAUGAGCUGAAGAAAAGAAGAGAUGGGAUUGUGCAGAGGCUUUAUGCGCCAGUGUUCGCCAGGUGUUUGAACUGUGGUCUCCAGCUUUCUUGCGGAGGAACCAAGUGUAAAGGUAGAGCAAGUGACGAUUGUGAAACUCAUAAUCAGCAAAAACAGGAGGUGGGCUGUGGAGAAAAGGUGCAUGGAGAUGAAGAAAAAGAAGAAGAAGAUGAAGAUGGUGAUGAUGAUGAAGAGAGAAAGAUUCUUGAAAUCAAGAAUCUAUUAGAUGAUGAGAACCAGAGUGAGAGGUCAUUGAUGGAGCUGCUUCAGAGGCUUGUGGACAUGAACACUACAUUCAAAGCUCUGAAGGAAACGGACAUUGGGAGACAUGUGAUUAGAUUCAGAAAGCAUUCAUCUAAUGAAGUACGCAGGCUGGUGAAAAUCCUUGUCAGAAAAUGGAAGGAUACUGUGGAUGAAUGGGUGAGACUGAAUGCACCAAAGGAAGAUGCCACUGAAUUCAAUGGUGAUGAAAAGUCAAUCAAUGAAGCCCAUGACAGGAGCAUCCGCAAUGGCGUGGAAGCACAAAACACUUCUGUUUCUUGCUGUUUAACUCCAUCAAAGGCAAAGCUGGAGCAUAGCCAGAUGGAAUCAGACAAAUCCGGUUCAGCUAAAAAGCGUCUUCCCCAUCAAAACUAUGAGGAAACUCAACAUGGCAAGAAACAAAGAACAUCAAAGAUGAUAAAUUUUCACAAUAUCACCAACAAUGGAAGCAGUGUUCCUGUGAGAUACUGAUCAUGAAGUACAUUGUACAUGGAGAUGAUGGCAGAAGAGAGCUGAAAAGGGGUGGAAUAUUAGGAUAAGAGAAUAUAGAAGGGAGAGUCCCCAUGUGAUUUUGUUAGGUGAAGAAUGGAGUGAUUGGAUAUGUUUAUGAAUGUGAGUGAGUGACCAGAUGCAAUUGAUUUUGAUAGUGGACACAUAGCUGCUGCAGAGUUGUAGGGGGUCACCCACAACAUGCAAGUGUACAUAUGGCCACACUUCUUUAUUUAUUGUUGGAAUAUAAUAAUACAUCAUGUAGCCUUUGUUGACUUCCUUUUU